AUGACUAUGGAAUUGUUGAAAAAGGCUCGAUUAACUCGUGAAGAAGGAAGUGAAUCAGAAAAAGACGAAGUUUAUGAAGCCAGGCUUGAGUAUAACCAAGCAGCCUACACAGUCGCAGCAGCUAUCAUCCUGCGUACUCAGAAAACACCAAAAAAAUCUGAAGCAUUUUAUGAUGGAUUUCUUUUUAGAGAAGAUCCUGGCUGCGGCAUCUGGAAUAACAUUUUUGACAGAAGAAAAGAGUUACAUCUACAGCUGGUGCUUGAUCAAAAUCUUGAAAAACUCAAACUAAAAGAAGUUAAAGCAAACAUAAUGUAUAAAAUUGAAAAAAAUACGACUACGCACUUUGCUUCUUCAGCGCUUAAUGGAAGCAGCUUUACUCAGCCAUCUUUAUCUGAGGUAAUAUUGCAAAACAGCCUUGAACCAUCUGGCGCUGUAGCCUCUCUGGAAUCAUCCAACUCUUUUGAUAACGAUAUGGAAAUGACUGAGAUCUCCUUGGAUAGUAAUGAUGAUGACGACGAUUUCUUGUUCGAAAUCGAUGUUUUUAACGAAAAUCCUUGUAUGCGCUCUUUACGAGAAAUCAUUGAAAAAUUACACACUCUAAUAGCGCCACCAGAGGAAGUAGAGCCGACGGCAAUGCCAAGCUGGAUGAACAGAUUACAUAAAUCAUUUACAAGCAGCAACAUGCCCUUGAUUACAAAGCUUUAUUUGGCAAAGAUCAUCAUCAACUAUCCAAUUGCUUUUGAAAAAUACGCUUUAUUUUGGAUUGAACAUUUAAUGGAUCUUGUGACAAGAGGCGAAGAAUAUGGAGAACCACUCAAUUAUUUCGUCCAAGACCUGUGCAUGAUCAUUAUUGCUUGGGGCCGACAUACGAGACUACCGCAAAAUAGAGAGUCAAAGCAUGGUCUGUUCAACUUUAUAACUUACUUGAUCAAACACGUAUACCAUGAAACACCUCGCGUAAUUCGAAGUAAUCUUUAUAUAUUACGAAGCAUAUUUUCAAAUUGGAGCCAAGAUAUUGUUGUACCUACUAAACUAAUAUAUGACGAGCUUAGCUACACAGGCGACCAUCUUACACGUAAUAUGGUUGGGCUGCAGCUUGUUAGUAUCAUUCUUGAUCAUGGAAUAAACCCAUACUAUGAUGGCUCUGAGGUUGAAUUAGAGGGCUUAACUGAACUUCAUUUCUAUGAUGCCAUAUCAAAUAAUCUGUUCAACAAGUCCAAGAAAGGAAAAAGCAUUUCUGUUGCUGCAGCCGAGGUUAUGGGAUUUGCCAUGAAAUACAUGAAAAACAACAACAUGACACUAAAGGAUGAUAUUGAGGGUAUGUUUACAUCCAAGCUGCAAAGUGCAAGUAGAAUCAAAGGACGUGAAGAUGUGUUUGUUGGCUGCAUGAAUGCUUUAUGUAAACAUGACACCGAGCUUGGUCAACCACUCUUACCAGCAGUCAUUCAUAGUCUUCCUCAAUAUGCUGGGGUUCAAAGAACAGAAGCAGUGAACGUCAUUACAGCUUGUUGGAAAAAUGAUCCCAUGUUUCUACAUACAUUGAAAAGCUCGGGCAUUAUAGCCUUGAUAAUGCAUAGAGAUAGUAACACACAAGUGGCGGUCUUGAACUUACUCAACAAGACCUUUGAUAUUUUGACUGAUCAGGAUAUCAGCGAAAUAAUUGAGCUGAUGGCCCAAGCUUGUCCUGAGCAUGAAAAUCUUGAAUGCAAGAAAUUGUACUAUUCCUUCUUGAAGAAAGCAUUCACUCCUCCAAGGGCAGAUCGAUCAUUGCAAGAACGUCUGAGAGUAUACAUUUAUAGAGGCUUACUUGACAAAGACAGGAGUGUUUCAGAUGAUAUUUUUGAUUAUAUUGAAUGCACCUAUCAGUUAGAAGAAGACAUUUAUAAGGCACUGUUAAAAAUAACAAGAAAUUUAUAUACUCCAGAAACAGAGGACAUCUAUCUACUGUAUUGCACACAGAUGAUGUUGAGAAAAGCCAAGAGGAGUCAUGAAUAUGAAAAACCAAUAUUUGAAAACCCUUUACCAAAUGCUAGAUUUGAUGCCAACUACUAUAAAUUUGAUACAUCAUGGCAGAAAAACUUUUCCAUGACACCUUUAUUUGUUCCAACACAAGAAAAAAUGAUGAAUGCGGAAGAUAUUGAGUUAAAUAUAAGAAAUACACAACGAUCUCUCGAAUUCACUCGUACGCAAACUCUUGCUGGGUCGCUCUUUUCAACCUUCAAUUCGCUUCAGGCACAAGAAGUCGACGCUAAUGAAGAUCAAAAUGAGAGCAUAUUGGAUAAAUACAUUGAUUCAGAAAAGAUGCGUGAACGUGCUACUAGCGUUAGGGACAAUUAUACCCAAGUGCGAUUUAUAAAGUCUAAAAAGGGAGCAAUCAACCGCUACCAUGCUACAAGAAACGAAGAGCUCAAGAAAAAGUUACUUUAUCUUCAAAGUAUAAGGAAAGAAGUUCAAGACAAAAAGGUGACACUGUGCCGUUCUUAUCGAGUUGGUGAUUUACCUGACAUCCAGAUAACUUAUAAGGACUUGUUGAUACCUUUGGAGGUGCUUUCAAGUGCAGAUCAUAGUAUCUCGCGUUUACUUUUCAGCAGCAUUGUCGUCGGUGAAUACAAGGAGCAAGUUGCUCAGUGCAUAACCAACAACCUUUACGAGAGCUCGCUUUUUUUCAUUCCUACUAUCGGUUCAUUUUUACGUAUAUUCUUUGAAUUGGAUAUCACAAAUAUUGAAAGCAAGCUAAUCAAAAAAGUCAGCAGUAAAAGCUUUAAUCAACACAUUGGAAUAUCUCUGCUUGAAAAACAACUGCUGAUAGGAGAUACAUCAGAAAAAGCUUCAAAAAGAAGAAAAACAGGCUCUUCUGCUCAGCUGUCGGGUGAGAAGAGCAAAUGGAUUGACCUUUCGUUGCUAUUCAAGGAUAUUGAUGAACCAGGUGUAUUCAGAAGCAUUUAUCAGUCCUAUAUAGCCACAUAUGAAAUUCCUAAAAAGGCCAUUGACUCUGAAGUGCUUGGUGACUAUGCUACAGCAUACAACCAAUUUGGACAAGCAAAAGAAUCAUUACAUAACUUUGUAGAUCAAAGCGAAGCUCAUUUGUGGCAAGAGCAGAUGCUGCAUUGUUACGAAAAACUGACACAGUGGGAUGAUAUUGUUAAGGAUAUAUAUGCUGCAAUACCCCGUAGAGAUUAUAGUAAGCUAUGGGAAUCAGAGUAUCAGGAUCCUUAUCUGCACUAUUUUAUGAGAAGCUUUACUAAGCAACGUAAUGGGAUUACUGAUGAAGAAGGAAACGAGAUACCUUGGAGUGAUGAAAAUCCAAAUCCUUUAUUUUCUUUUAUUGAAAAAGCACUUAAAAAUAGCAACCAAAGACAAUACAUACUUAGAUAUUAUUCUUGUGAUGUAACCCUUGCUUCUAUCUAUCAAAAGAAAUAUGAUCAGGGCGGCCAGCUUAUUCGAAAAUCGUAUGAAUCCUUACUAACAGCAUGGACGACGCUACAUCCUCUAGCACAUACAAGUCGUUUAGCAAAGCUAGCUGACCUCGAACGAACAGUUGAACUUGAAGAUUAUAUUGAUUUGGCUAUUGACAUCAAGAAACGUGGCAUAGACAAUAGUAAAAUUAAUACAUUCCUCCAAGCAUUGACAUCAAGAUACCCUGAUCCUCGGAUUGAUCCUAUUGAUUUAUGGGAUGAUAUAAUUGAGUCAAGGAUGGUAUUUAUUGAAGAUAUACUGUCGCUUGCUGAAGAAAAGAAUCAGGACCUAACAGUUGACAGUACCAAAUUUAAGAUAGUAUUCUUAAACAACAUUAUUGAUGCUGCUCGCAUACAGCACAAUUUCAACGUCUUUUUGACCCGUCAAAAUAAGCUCAAGAAGCUUGGUGCUGUUAAAGAAUUUAACUUGAACAGGAUACGUCAAUAUUAUCACGAAAUGACAAGAUUGUCCAAAGACAAUCCAAAACGGGUUCUCUUUAUGCAAUAUGCGCUUACCAGAGCAUUUGCAUAUAAUAUGCCAGCAACUGCCUCAGUUCAAGAAAUACACCAAGCAAAAGAGAAUAUUGCGAGCAUAUAUGGAUUGAUUAAAAAUGAAAUUAUGGACACACCCACUUUAUAUGAGAAAAUAAUGCGUAACGAAAAUGUCAAGAGGGCAGCUUCGGCAGCAAAGGUCGAAGAUGCAGAAGAAUUUGUAAAUUAUUUAGAAACCACAGGAUAUAAAAACCUUAAAGAGGCGUUAACUGUAACUGUUGAACAGGAUAUUCUGUACACUGAUUGUUUAUGGAAACUUGGAAAAUAUUGUGAUGAGUCCCUAAGUAGGGUGGGUACUUCUUCAAUGAUUCAACCUGCUGUCGAACCGAUAGAAUAUAGUAAAGUUGUUAUCGAUAGCUAUAUGAAAGCUAUGGAUAGAGGUCAUAAGCGUGCAGCUGAAAGAUUCCCUCGUAUCUUGGAACUCGUUGAAUUAUAUCCAGAAAUAGGUUCAAGCUUUGUAGAGUGUUCUGAAAACUUUGGCUCAACAUGGUUGUAUAUUAGGUGGAUCCCUCAGAUGGUGUCCAUCUUGGAUUUACCAAUUGCUAAAUAUAUGUAUCCUGUCAUCAAAACUGUGGCUGAAAACUACCCCAAGGCACUCUAUUACCCUUUCCAUAUCAGCUACGAGCAUUAUAGGCUGGUUGAUAACAAGCUUUCUGAAGAAAACAAAAAGUAUAUUGAAGAAAUUAGAGCAUUGAUUAGAUCACCCAUCAUGGAAGAGUUUUGUACUGAACUGAAGCGUCUCACGAAUCCCGAACAUAUUGUAAAGGACUUUAUUGAAUUUUUACAGUCCAUUAUUGCUAAUGAAAAUAUUACUGAAGACUACAUACAAGAAUUGUAUCAAAGCUUUAGCCAACUUUUACUAAAUCCAUAUAGCAGCAAAGUUGGAAGUAUUCCAAAGGCAUUUGCGCAAAAACAUGGUUCUCAUUUGAUAGAACUUAUGGGAAGAAAUGGAACAAAACUAAAGAAUUUGAAUCGUGAUACCUUGAAAAAACUUGCAGCGUAUGUAGACGAUGUGAUCAUGAAGCAAAAGCCUUCUUCUAGACCUGGAGCUGAUUUGCUAAAAUCAUAUUCACCUUGGUUGGCCUCGUUCAAGAGUAGUGAAUUUGAAGAGCAACUCGAAGUCCCUGGACAAUAUAACGGUUUAAGCAAACCCUACCCAGAAUUGCAUGCCAAAGUAGCAAGCAUUGAUGGUAGAGUGUUGGUGAUGUCUUCUAUUAGAAAGCCCAAAAGAAUUCGCAUAUACGGCACUGAUGAAAAAGAAUAUCUAUUUCUGGUAAAAGGAGGUGAGGACCUUCGUCUUGAUCAGCGUAUCGAACAGGUGUUCACUGUGAUGAACGAUAUGGUUUCAAAAAACUCAUUCUGUUCAUCACAAAACAUCCAAAUUUCAACAUAUAACGUUAUACCAAUGACUACCAGCCUUGGAUUAAUCGAAUGGGUUGGUGAUACAAAGCCUCUUCGAGCCUGUAUUGAAGAGCAAGUAGACACACCAGUGAGAAUAUCUCAUAUGCAAGACAGAUACCGUUCCUGGAUGGCCCAAAAGGGAGGAAAAGGAAUACUUGGCUAUCAAAAGGCUUUCUCAUUGCCUCGAGAACAAAUAGCUGAACAUUACCGUGAAGUAUCUGUGCUUGUUAAACGCACUCUUUUACGUGAUUACCUGAUGAAAUUGGCGGCAUCCCCUGAAGCCUUUUUGUUCUUAAGAAAGGACUUUGCUCAUAGUUUAGCUUGUAUAUCUAUCUUUGGAUAUAUCCUUGUGUAUAGUGGCCGUUUGAUUCCUAUUGAUUUUGGUCAUGCAUUCGGAUCAGCAACUGAAAUAUUACCUAUUCCUGAAAUUGUUCCGUUCCGUUUAACACAGCAGUUGGUUGGCGCCCUAGAACCAUUAGGCAUAUCUGGUAUGUUGGAGAUAGCUAUGGUCAAUGUGCUAGAGGCUAUUCAAAACGAUAAGGACUUGUUACUAAACAUUAUGGAUAUCUUUGUAAAGGAACCUUUAUUAGAUUGGAAAAAGGCAGCAGUAAAACAAGCCAAGCAUCAGAAAACUGAGCGAGGCAGUAGUGUCUCUCGAGAAAACAGCUUGGCUGAACCAAGCUCAUCUUCUUCAACCACAGAUGAAAUCAAAUGGUACCCACAAAAGAAGCUAGAGAUUGCUAAAAGAAAACUGGAAGGUGACAACCCUGUGGAUAUUGUUGUGGAUGAACUAACAAAUGGUCAUGCCAAAUUUACAUACUAUGAGUCUGCAUGUAAAGUAGCACAGGGAGAACGUACGGAAAACAUUAGAGCAAAGCUACUUGGUAAACGUUGUGCAGAUCCAAAAGAACAGGUCCAGUGCUUAAUAGAUCUAGCUACUGACCCUGCUGUUCUUGGCUUAAUGUGGAUUGGAUGGCAGUCUUUCUUGUAA